CCGCAGGCAUCGAAGCGAGAUCUUGGGAUAUGCUAGCACAGUAUGUACUUUGACUGAUUGCAAAAGCCUCAUUGCGGCGAAGCACGAUGACAUUGUCUGUUCCAACCCCGACUUGGCAGGACGCAGAUACCUCGCGGUAGCCGCGGACAAUGACUUCCAAUCGAUCACAAUCCCAGACCUUCACAGACAAUAGGAAACCAGACCACAAGCCAGUCGCCAUCAGAAAAAGUCACACCUCUGCAAACAUGCCAGUCCAACUCCUCCCGAUGCCUCAGUCCGAGUGGGAUAUCUACUACGACGUCUGUGCCGCAGCUUUCCGACCUGGAUUCAUGAGUUUGUUAUUUCCCGACGGAAUGAGCGACAAGGCCAAAGAGAUGAUGGUUUCUGAAAUGAGGCGAGGCGCAGACAGAUAUCCUGGGCGCAUCAGUGUUUUCAAGGUAGUCGACACGGACCUACCAGACGAUGACCCGUUUCAGAAAGUCAUUGGAGUCAGUCAGUGGAAGCUUUUCGACAAGGAACGAACCGAGGAAGACUUUAGAAGAGAAGAGGAAGCAAGCAAGCGAGAUGUUGAGCAGUAUGGUGUCCCGCCCGGCAUGAAUACGACCUUUUACGAGGACUUUGCAAAUGUGGCUUCGCAGUAUAAGAAGAAGCAUCUUGGAAGCAAGCCAUAUCUCCUGUUGCAAGUCUUGGCUACGCGACCAGACCAAGGACGGAAGGGCGUGGGAGCGCUGUCCAUGAAGUGGGGAUGUGAUAAGGCAGAUCAAUUGGGCAUUCCGGCUUAUUUGGAGGGCUCGCCGAUGGGCCAAGGCCUCUACCGGAAAUGGGGAUUUGAGGAUGUGGAUGUGCUGCCGUUUGAUGCGAGGAAAUAUGGGUUCCACGACGAGCUACGGCAUAUGUGUAUGAAGCGGCAACCGAAGGAGGAUGCCAGUUCGUGA